AUGGCACAGAUCUUUCUAGAUAGAGCCAUUGCGCGUGAAAUGAGAGUUUUGAACGUUCUGUGUGUGAAUAGUGGCUGCACUUGGACGGGUUAUUUUCGCGAAUAUGAGGGGCACGUUGACAGCUGUAAAUUCGAGUUAAUUAUUUGUUCCUUGGAAGGGUGCACCCAGCUAAUACAAAGACAACACCUAGAAAAACACACAACGGAAGAAUGUUACAUGCGCAUGGUUAAGUGCACAUACUGUGAUAUAGACUAUAGUUAUAACAAUCUUAAGAUUCACCAGAAUCAAUGCCCGAAAAUGAAAGUUUCAUGUGAUUUGUGUGGUGUUGCGUUAUUGAGAGAGAAGAUUGAAAAACAUAAAGAUAUUACAACUGGUGACUGUACGAAAAAGAGGCAGCCAUGUGAAUACGAACCAAUUGGAUGCACAAUAAUGGUAGAGGAAGGUCAACAGUCCGUGCACAAUAAGAACGAAGUUCAACAUCAUUUAGAGCUUCUUCGUAACAGCACAGUUAAAUCCAAAGACUUGAUAUCAAGAAUUCAGAACGACAGAGCCCACAUCAAUGAAUUAAAUCCCAUAAUAGAGCAAAAUAGGGCUAGAAUUGGAACAAUACAACAACGCGUAAAAGAAUGUGAAGUAUCAUUGCAACGGAAUGCUAAAUAUGUUUCGGAGGGAAAUUCAAAUGACAAAUUGAAAGACGUAAUCGAUAGUAAACAGAAACAAAUCAAAGAAUUACUCGCUAAACUUAUCGUAUUAGAGCGUAAAGUCAAUACAUAUGAAGGGAUGGUUGCUGUUCUCUCGCGCGAAAUGGAAAAUAACGACGAGAAACUAAGGAUUAUAAAACGUCAGGAAAAUCAAAUCAAACAACGAAUUAAAGAUUUAGAAAAUAAGUGCCGAUCACAGGAUCGUAUAAUCGCAUUGAAGGAUGUAUCAUUGGCUGAACAAGAUUUACGAAUUCAAUUGCUUGAGAUGACAACAUAUGAUGGAGUAUUAGUAUGGAAAAUUAGUGACUUUGCUAGAAAGAGACGUGAUGCAAUUUCAGGACGCACGACUUCAAUAUACUCUCCGCAUUUCUUCACCAGUCCUUAUGGCUACAAAUUAUGUGCUAGGGUGUAUUUGAACGGUGAUGGUAUGGGCAAGGGAAAUCACGUGUCUUUGUUCUUUGUAGUGAUGAAAGGAGAGUAUGACGCAAUCUUAAAAUGGCCAUUUCGUCAGAAAGUCACUUUGAUGUGGCUGGAUCAAUCCAACAGGGAGCAUGUGAUUGACGCUUUUCGACCAGACCCUUCGUCCAGUUCAUUCAAACGCCCAACAGGAGAUAUGAACAUCGCAUCCGGGUGCCCCUUGUUUAUGCCACUGAAUGCCUUAGAUCGUGGUCAAAGCGAAUACGUCAAAGACGAUGUGGCAUUUAUUCGUAUAAUUGUAGACACAACUGACUUAAUUAACUGACUAAAUUAACCAAUCCGGUAAAAAUAUUGCUAUUUCAAUCCAAGUAUGAUAACAUAUUUCUGAAAUUCAUUUUUUUAUGCAAUGCAAA